UGUCAUCGAAAACGUCAAAACGAAAAUUUUACGGUAGCAGGCAUCGAUCGGCAUCCAGAAAAGUUUGUUGUCUGAAAAUUUCGUAAAAUCGGUGGUUAUCUGGUGAAAAAAUCCUGUGUUAAGCAUCGCAAAACAACUCCCCGGGGAUCCCAGUGCGUGAGGUUCAACAGUGUCGUUUGCAGACCGGAACAAUUCCCCCGUAAUUUUUGGUUUCCUUUUUCCACUUUAUCCCCCUGUGAGAGAAGUGCGAAAUAUGUGCGAUCCAUUGCGGCGGGUGUCGAAAAUAAGAUGUCUACACCUGUAAAGCGUAAAAUUACACUCGAGCUUAACCCGAAUAAGAAAGUUCUCCCGAAAGACCGGCCCAGCGUGUUCCAGCGGCUCGGCACCAAGAAAUACCCAACGUCGCUCACUGGCGGAAGCGGACCCGUAAAGCCACACCAGGAACAGGACUCGGCUGUCAACAAGGAAGAAAUAGUCAAGCGAAUUGUUAGCUGCGACGAACCCAAACCGGUUCCCCCUCCCAAGUUAGUGGUCGUGCCGGAGAGCGUUUCGGCACACGCCAGGCUCAUCGAGCAGCAACUCGCUGCCAAACUAGGCAAGGUCAUCGUCAGCAGAGGCGAAACUAUUGGAGCCACUGGUCCAGCCAACGUUGCACCCGUUUCCAGCAGGAGCGAAGCCAAAUCCAGUGGCGGAAGUGGUGGUGGUGGAGGUGGUGGACACAACAGUUCCUCAGUCAUUGAACGCUCAGGACCAGGUGUCGGUAGCAGUUCGGAACCAUCGCGUGGAGGCGGCGGCGGUGGCAGUGGAGGUGGAGGCUGGGAUCAAUCCAGUCUGGAGAAUGCUGAUCAGGACAUUCUAGAGCGCAAACGUAAAGAACUACAGCACGAGCUGAAACUAGAGAUGGACGCCAGUGGAGGUGGAAGCAGUCAUCACCACCAUCAUCAUCAUUCAUCAUCGUCGAUGAUGAAACAGAAAUCCGGCAAGGAGACUCUGGUGGUGAAGAAGAUCCGUAAGGUACCGGCACCCCGAAGGUCAUCUUCUAGUUCGGACAGUUCAAGUAGCAGCGGAUCUGAUUCAUCCGAUUCGGAUUCGAGUUCUAGCUCCAGCAGUUCCAGCCGGGACUCAAGACGUGUGAAGAAACGAACGGUCCGACAAAGGCGCGACUCUAGCUCUAGUUCGGAUGGAGGCGGUGGCAAAAAGAUUGUCAAAAAGCACACCAAAAAGCUCUCUGCUGAUGGAACUAAACGGAUUGUUACUAAGAAAAUUGGUGGGCAUCUAACCAAGAUUCGUGUUAAGAAGGUAACAAGUCCUGGUGGAACUACAAGUCACAUAAGAAAGGUUGCUCGAGAAGUGUCUCCUAGUGGAAAGACGCCAACGAAAUAUACCGUGAAAAAAGUAGUGGCAUUGAAGAAAGAUAAGCAUGCAGUAGUUGUCGAUGCCCGUGAACGUGUUCGUGAGAAGGAACGUGAAAUGGCCCUCCGCGAAAAGGAGCGCGAAAGAGAGAAAGAACGCCUGCGCCUACGCGAGCGUGAGCGCGAACGAGAACACGUUAAAAGUCGAUCGCCGAGAGCACACAUUCGAUCUCGUUCACCCCGAUCACGACUGUCGCCAGCAGCAGUAACGGUGACUGUUCGUGGAAGGGAGAAGAAGAAAUCUCCCGAAGGAUCACGAUACCGAGAACCGCCAGCCGUCCCAAUGAGACGUCCAGAGCGAUCCCCCGAACGUCUGGACGAUCGUCGAAGGCAUGAAACACUGAAGGAUCGUGAGCGCCGCGAGAGACAAGAACGGGAACUUGCCAGAAAUAAAGAGCGCGAAGAAGCACUGGCCCGUUGUCAGGAGCGCCAACGUGAGCGAGAACGUUUAGCGGCCGCUAAAGAUCGAGUAGCGCCUCGUCGUGAACGGGAAAACCCCGUCGUUGAUGGAGGCCUGGAGAAACCGGAUCGCCAUCGGCCGGUUGAGCGGCUGUUGCCUCGUCCUGCGGAACGCGCUCGAGCCUUGGCCGCCGCCAGGUCGCCUGGUAAAAUUGAUCAUGAUCGCAGUCGUACGCCGAAUUCGCCACGAAGCCGCGAUCGUAUUCCCCGCGAACGGUCGUUUGAUCGUGGGGCCGUGGAUAGAGGCUUCGUAGAUCACCACGAUCGCCGCAGUCGUUCCAGAGAUCGAGAAUAUGUCACUCCUAUUGUGCGAGGAGCCCGCAGCCGUGAUAGUCCUUACGAUCGUCAUGCCGCACCGCCAGCAAGGGAAAACCGAGACUACCGCGAGCCUGAACCUCGUCCCGGUCCUGCGUAUGAGCGCGACAGAGGCCGUGGUCAUGACUACGGUCGUAACGAAUACCCGGACGAUCCUCCGCCACGACGAGAACUCGACAGAGAGUGGGAACGAGAACGGGAACGAGAGCGUGAACCAGAACGAGGACCUGAUCGUGGACCCGACCGUGGUCCCGAUCGUGGACCACCGCAAAGAGCCUAUGAUCGGCGUGAUGACCAUGGUCGAGACUGGAAUAGAGAUCAUGGUGGUCCGUCGCACAGUCACAGCCAUGAGCCUGAUAAUUAUCAGGGCCCGUCCAGAAAUUGGGACGAAUCACGAUGGAAGGAAGCCGAUGGCUGGGUAAACGAAAAAGAACGUGGAGACUGGAAGUUCAAAGAGCGUGCAUGGGAACACGAUGAUCAUCCAGCUGUUGGCCCGCCUGCACAUUCCCACAAUCAUGGUGGGGGACGCCGUUGGCAACAUAAUCAUCCUGAACCGAAUCAAGGAUCAAACUGGCAUGGAAAACCUAAAGAGGAUAUGGAUUUCAGUCCGCGUCAUAAGUUGGCGGGAAGGCUUGGCGAAAGGGUCGGAAACGAUAACAAUAUGUUUCGACGGCAGCACCAAGGCCACCAACCAAUGUUUCACGGUCGCAAAGGACAUGUAGGAAUGGGUCCGGGUCGCUUUGGUAAUCAGAAUAAAUAUAGCAUCAAUCGCACGCAACAGAAUCUCGUGGCCCAUCAUCAACACCAGCACCAACAUCAGCCGCCGCCACAUCAACAGCAACAGUCGCAACCACCACAGCAAGGAUUACAACCACUUGUUCCUCCAGGACCAGGGCCUGAACGGCCUAACCAAAUGAUUCCACCCGGACCAGUUCAACCAGGUCCAUUGGUUCCCGAAGGCAAUGCACAGCAAGUCACUCUGCCGGCAGCUCCACUUGAUGAUGAUCUUCCGCCUCUGAAACAACCGGUCCUUCCGUUCCCAGAAUUAAUCCCUGGCGCUGCUAAACCAAGUGAAGAGGUUCCCAACCAAACGAUUCCUGCAAAUACGUCCACUGCUUCAACAACAGGUCCUGUUGACAGUUCAACUCCUGCACGACUUCCCGAAGGUGUCGUAUCUACUGAUGCACCGAUUACGUCUGAUGUAACUGAGCAAGGAUCGACCGCUAAUGCUGCUGUUAUUGCUGCUCCUGUUAUUGACAAACCAGCUGAACCCGUGGCUCCCCCUCCGGAACCCAUGGAUGAGGAUAAUCUUAGUGAAAUCAGUGAUGACCCAGACGACAUUUUAACAAGAGAAGAGGAAGAUGAUUUCUCCAAGCUAGCUGUUGGGGGAUCGAAUGUCAAGUUCUGUGCCAUCGCAACGUCGGGAUCCUCUCCAAUGACGCAUAGUGUCUCGUCUUCUAUGAUGAUCCCAUCGCAAGUGCUUCAAAACCAUUCACAGACGUCCUCCGCACAACAGCUGCAACUAGCGAACCAACAACAGCAAUCCUCCUCUUCCUCCUCCUCAUCGGGCCCAAGGCGUCCUUUUUUAUCUAAAGCUCGCUACAAAUCCUAUGACGGGUGUAUCGGGGGUCCCGUGGGACCCCUUCCUGAUCUGUACGCGAAUCUUGACGACGUCGGCAUGUCGUUUCGUUCCGGCACCGGAGAAAUCACAAACCAACUGAAUGAUGCGGUCGGUACUGGCGAGAACAAGGCACCUAUUGGCGAUCCCACUGUUCACAAUGCAGGUCACCCUUCAGCAAACGUUGGCCUUGAGGGAGUACAGCCUGCGGCCCAGCGUCAAGACGGUAACUCCGAAAAUGCUGCGUCGUUUGGAGUGAAGGAUCCAAAAGAAGCUGGCAAACUACUUGCUAAUAAAGAACUGCAGAAGGAAAUGGAUCUCGAUUUCGAAGAAAUCUCUGACGGCGAGCUGGAAGAGGAGAAUAAAUUUAAGGGUCUGGGCGAUGCACUAGGCGUCGACUGGGCUAGCCUGGCGCAAGAAACCCGUGCCAAACUCAAACCGGAACAAACCAUCCCCGUUUCUGCUCGCAACCGCUGGAAGGCACAUCACAUCCUCUUGGAUAUAGGUAUUUCUGUUCGGUUGGCUGGUGAGGCUUACGCUCAACGUGUGCUCACCGAAUCCAAGGAGAAGCUGCGUGAGGAAAUAGAGGAGUUCAAAGCCGCUGCAGAGCAACAGAAGGUAGCUGCAGUAAAGAAAGAAGAGGAAGAGCAACUGUUUAAUGGAGUUAAAAUUAAGAAGGAAAAACUCGACGAAGAUGAACAGAAAGAACAGCAAGCUGAAGAAACUAUCGUCAAAAAAGAAGACUCCAAUGAAAACAGCGAAGUCUCAGAACAGGAAGCCAACCUUGCAGACAUCGACAAAAUCCUUCAUCCGGUGGCGUCGGUCCACGUGGCAAUGCGAGAGCGUGCUCGGGCCCGUCGGAAUCUUAUCCUUUGUGCCGCUGGUCCACACAGCCGUGCUCUGAGCGCUAGGCGUGACUUGGAAAUCCGCCGCCAGUUGUGUGGUUUCCCACCACAGGAAUGCAAUGAGCGGAUCACCGAACACCAAUCGACGCCUACCAAUCCGGAGUUGCACGAAAUGGUUAUGAAACUGUACCAGAAUACCAUGCAGCCGAAAAAAAUCGAAGUACAGUGAGCGGAUUUUAAAUGUUUUAGUUUUAUCCAAUUGUAUUGAAGGGAGGAAAUCUCUUCGGCAGGUAAUUUGUAGGAAUAAUGGUCUAUAAAGUAUUCAAUGUUUCGCUAAGAAGAAAGAGCAUUUUACACUUCUUUUGUCCUUCAUAUCUAUAGACAGCAAUGUAUCGUGUCGACCAAUAAAACUAUAUUUUUCUUCCCUUUAGUGUAUUUGAACCGUACAAGUAGGCCCCGGAUAACGAGAAUAAACUUUGAUCAACUGUUAGGUCAAACCAA